CAUACCUUUCCAUACCUUGAUCCAUACUUCGAUCCAUACCUCGAUCCAUACCUCGAUCCAUUCGAAAUCCGUAGCCUGCUUCUGUACACUACCUACCUAGCUAUGUACGAUAUGUACGCUAUUACCCUACUAACAGUACCUACAUACCUAAGUAAUAUGUACGCAUCCUUCGCGGUCCCCUACAUAGUACGCUACAUGCUGCGCAUAGCAUGUUGCCCCCAACGUCGCCAGAGGACCGGCCCCGUGCCCCCCUUGCCUCGCACCGUACGACUACACGACGACUAAGAUUAAGGCGGGCCGUCGGGAUGGGGAUGAUACAAGCGAGGCCGUUUCCUGCUCACUAUGGCGAGAGGUCUCGGCCUAGGGGGGGCGAGGGAAGGGGGAGGGAAGGGGGUUCGGUCUAGUCGUUUAAUAUGUCUCUGAUAAGCCUCUUCUAAUGUGCUUCCAAUGUGCUUCUAAUGUGCCUACCAUUCUCUGGGCGUUUCGUACUUCCAACUUUAUCCUGCGCGUGUCUUUUAUCCCGCUUUCCCGGUUCUUUUCUAGACCAAGAGCGAAGCAAUAUCUAGUUGCAUAGCGGCAGGGACGUCGGACAAACACCCAGCGAGUCUUAGCAACACAUAUCGUCAUGGCUAAUACAACACCAACACGAACCGAGAAGAACGAAUUUAUCAACAUGAACGAGAACGAAAAUAUCACGAUGGAAAAGCUAGACUGCGCCGUCGUAGGAGCUGGCUGGUAUGGAUUGGCCGCCGCGAAGCAGUUUCACUGCACUCAACCAGAAUGUUCCUUAGCCGUGUUCGACUCCCAGUCCAGCUUAGGCGGCACGUGGGCCGACCAUCGUCUAUAUCCUGGCCUGAAGAGCAAUAACCUUCUAGGAACGUUCGAAUAUCCCGACUUCCCUAUGGACACGGCGACAUUCGGCGUCAAACCCGGCGAACACAUGCCCGGUAAGGUUAUCAACAGCUACCUCAAGGCAUACGCGACGAGGUUUGGAAUCGCCGACUUAGUCCGCCUCAGCACCAAAGUGGUCGUCGCGGAACACCAAGAUACCGUAGAGGGUGGUUGGAUCUUGACGAUCGCAUCCCCGAACCAGAAGGAGACUAAGGUGUUCGCGCGCCGUGUCGUGUUCGCCACAGGUCUGACAUCAGAGCCGUUCUUACCCCAUUUCGAAGGGCAAGAAGAAUACGGCGGCAGAAUAUUUCACGGAAAGCAUUUCCAAGAGAACGCCGAUACGCUAAAGACGGCAAAGAGAGUGACGGUCUUUGGAGGCACCAAGUUCGCGUGGGAUGCCGUCUACGCAUAUGCGACUGCGGGCGUCCAAGUCGACUGGGUUAUUCGAUCCACCGGUCACGGCCCGUGCUGGAUUGCGCCAUCAUACGUAACGCCGCUAAAGAAGUGGAUUGAGAAGCUGGCUAAUAUCCGAUUCUUGACUUGGUUUAGCCCUUGUGUUUGGGGCGACGUUGACGGUUAUGGAGGUAUCCGCGGUUUUUACCACGGCACAGCAGUCGGAAGGACGAUCGUCAACUCUUUUUGGAAAGUUCUUGGCGGAGAUGUUAUCAAUCUCAUGGCCUUCGACUCUCAUCCCAAAACGGCUAAGCUGAAGCCCUGGACCGACGCCAUGUUUACGGGGUCUAGUUUCAGCAUUCUGAACUACGAGACCAAUUUCAUGGAUAUCGUCAAGAGUGAUCUUGUUAAUGUCUAUGUUAGCGAGAUCGACCAUCUAAGCCCAGGCAAGGUCCACCUUUCCGACGGUACCGAAUUUGAGUCCGAGGCCCUGCUCGCCCACACUGGCUGGAAGCACGUCCCGACCAUUAAAUUCUUGCCCGAAGGAAUCGAGGCCGAAUUGGGCAUCCCCCACACCCCGAGCACAGAUGCACCGACGACUGAUCUCGCAAAUGACCAAGCAUUAAUCGAACGUGCCGAUAAAGAAAUUCUUGAGAAAUUCCCUCGUUUGAAGGAUCAGCCAGUAUGGAACAAGAAUUAUAUUCCCAUGACACAGCAGAAGGGUAUUACGAGCACAGAUGAAGUGACUCCAUAUAAGCCACUCACCCCGUACAUGCUUCACCACUUCCUCGUCCCACCGUCUGAACGCUUCCUUCGCGCCCGUGAUACUGCAUUCAUCGGUCUCGUGUCUAACUUCAGUAACAUGAUCACCGCGCAUCUCCAAGGUCUCUGGAUCAGCGCAUACUUCUCUGGUAAGCUGGAAAUAGAUCCAUCAGCAUCUUUGGGUGACGAGAAGGCGAUGGCACAAUUGCGUUACGAGACCGUGUUAUAUAACCGCUUCGGAAAGUGGCGUUACCCGACCGAUUGGGGUUCCAAGAACCCUAACUUCAUCUUCGAUGCCGUGCCAUAUCUUGACCUUUUGCAGCGCGACUUGGGUCUGAACAUCUACCGCAAGAAGGGAUUCUUUGGUGAGCUGUACGACUCUUACGGACCCGAAGAUUACCGCAACGUGAACAACGAGUGGGCGAGCAAGUACGGAGACAUGAAGAAGCUAGAGUCUUUGGAUGACAGCUUAAAAACCCUACCGUCGGAAGAACCGAAACUGAACUAGAAUUCUAGAAUUUUUCCUACCUAGAUCUUUGUUUUGUACGGGCGCGCAUGCGCGAAUGGGUUCUACAAAAGGCUUGUACAUCUAUUUUUGGGACGGCGAGGCUGGGAGUUCAUUUCGCGACGAUUGUGCUAAAACUGCCACUUUUUUUGCUUUUCUAUGUUCGGUUGCACGGUUGAGCUGGAGCGUCAGCGUGGUCUCUUUUCUCUGUUUAAAAAGUUCUACAUGUACCGUCAUUUCUACGACCUGCCUUUUUCUUGAGUAGAAGCCAGAAGAGAUACCCAUAAUCUGUCUAAUCUGUCCUAGACAUAAUGAGGCACGGACCCGGGCAUGCAUCCAUGGAUAGCAUAAUACCUGGGUACUAUCUCCUCGGUGCCAAAUGCAGUAUAUACUACAUACAUGUACAUAGUGGUAUUCGGCAUAAUCUCAUACAUAACACAUACAUGAG